AUGGAAUGUAUUCUUCUUGCUGCUGAUUAUCGAAAUCUAACUGAACUUAAACUUAUUAAUUUCACGCAAGAAGUCGCUUUAAAUUAUUUUACAAUACACACAUUAGAUGAUCGUUUUUAUUUACUUGAUGGUCGACUCAAACAAUUAACUACAUUUAUUAUUCGAAUAUCUGACAGAAGCAAGUCUUCAUCAAUCAUUCACAAUAUGGAUGAUUUACCUAAUUUGAAAUGUUUUUCAUUCACAUGUUAUCGUCGAAUUAAUAAUUAUGAUGAGAAAAUUCUACCUCUUCUUCAUCGUAUGACAUAUCUGAAAAAAUUAACUUUAUAUCUUUAUAUAGAAAAUCGAGGUAGAUUUAUCCAUAAUUCUCAUCUUCAAAAUAAAAUUCUUCUUUAUAUGUCACGUCUUCAUUCAUUUACUUUUUAUAUUAGUACUUAUGAUGAUACUGAUGAUUUAUUUCGUUAUGUACCUAGUCAAGAUAUUCAAUGA